AUGCCGAAAACUACCAAAAGAAUCGCAGUGAUGGGUGGGACAUUCAACCCAAUUCACUACGCGCAUCUGAUCAGUGCUGAACAGGUCCGGACAGGGUUAGGCUACGAUAAAAUUCUGUUCAUUCCUUCUGCCAGACCCCCGCAUAAGGUCGCAGACACUGAUAUUAUCGAACCGGAACAUCGGUAUCAAAUGGUGCUUUUAGCAAUCGCAAAGAACCCGCAUUUUGAAGUGUCGCGAAUUGAAUUGGAACGCGCAGGUCCGUCAUAUACCAUCGAGACCCUGAAAGCCUUGAAAAAAUUGUAUGGGGAAACGACUGAACUGGCAUGGAUUAUUGGAGCAGACUCUCUUAUUGAGUAUAAAGUCUGGAGAGACUUCGACGAAGUGUUGGAACGAUGCGUUAUGAUCGCGACAACACGUCCGAAUUAUGACCUGAAUCGAGUUCCGUUAGAAAUCCGAAAACGGGUUACCUCCUUUCCGAUAACAGGCGUUGAUAUAUCCGCCACAGUUAUCCGGGAGCGGGUUCGGAAAAGUCUUUCAAUCCAGUAUCUCGUGUCAGAAGGGGUCCAAGCGUAUAUCGAUCAGCAUCAGUUGUAUCUAUAA